UUGGUUGGUAUAAACCACGAAAUAGUGACAAGUGAAGAUAAGGCGAUGAGGCUGAUAACAGUUUAUGAAAGUGAUGGCCACGGUCUUGUACUCUUGUAAGACAUCCCGAGGUUCGCUGACAUUCUAAGACUAUGGUCACGAACUCACGACAUUUAAAAGUAGAAUAUAAGGCGACACCGAUUUCCUGUGCAUCUUUCAAUGCUACGUCAUCAAUAGCUAUUAUACCAAAACUUGCUAAUAUUUAGCCAUGAGCUAUAGCGUGUUGUGCGUAUAUUCUAUAGCCGCGCAACGUAUUUAAACGAAUUAUUAAACUAUUGUUAUUGUCUGUGAGUAAUUGAUCAUUUUCCUCACCAGAGUGCACUAGCAUUUAUCUAUAGGCCGAUUUUUAUGAACGUUAUAACAUGUGAUUAUGUGAGGUGACUAUGAAAAAAACAAAAAUAAUAUUGGUAGUGGUCAGUGGACAUGAUACACAAUACAAUCAGGCAUGAACACGUCCAAAUGUCGAACAUUAGUAAUUAAUAUCAUGACUCAUAUCGUAUUAAAGAUUAAAACGAUUUGAUCAACAAUAAUAGUUUUAUCAAUAUUGUGAGUGCAAUCUAAUCUCAUGUCAAUUGUACAUUAGGUGUAAUACAAUAAGUACUACGAGUUAAUAAGUAAUAACAGUCAAUUGAGUCAACAGGUAUUAACUAUCAACAAGUAACAUUUAAAAUUUAUAAGUGUAAUUAUGAAUAAUCAACUUGGAACAAUAAUUUAGUAUAUCUACUAGGUACUUUAUUUUGAGUACUGUCAUACGUCCAUCGAAUUUAUUCAACUAAAUUGCUCAGUCACAAUGGAAAAAUAUCACAGAAAAUUGAUUGAUGAUUGUAUGUCAGAUUUAGUAUAUGUUACUUUUAACAUUAGGGGUAUCGUAGAUAAUCUAUUAGAAAACACAAUAAUCAAUGAAUGGAUGAAAGAAUAUAUCUUGAAAGAUGAUGGAGAAUCAGACAGCUAUACAAAAUUGUACGAAUUAAUUCAAGGGCGGGGGCCUCAUGCAUUUACAGCUCUAUGUAAAGUGUUAGAAAAAACAAACAAUCUAAAAGCUCGUGACAUUUUAACAUCAUAUGGAACAAGAAAUGUAAAAGAACAAUUGGACAAAUCAUUUGAAAAAACCAUCGUGGAACAUGAUGACUCAUAUGUCAAAAUUCAUCCUGAACGCAAACGCAUGGAUAAUGAUGAAGACAAUUUAAAUCCUCUUGCUUAUCCAAUGGGAUCAAAUCCUAAGGGUCAUGCAUUGAUUUUAAAUAUUAAUAAUGUAAAAGACAGAGAUGAAAGAAAAGGAUCAAAAGUUGACUUAGAAAACUUAAAGAAAUUAUUUAAAGGUCUUGGUUAUAUUGUUCACCCUAAAGAAGAUUUAACUGAAAUGGAAAUUAAAAAUGUCAUUAAAGAAUUCAUUGAUAUAUGUCAUACUGAAAAAGCUAACUCUAUUGUUGUUUUUAUUAUGAGUCACGGUGAAGCUGGAAAAGAUUCAAGAUCAGUAAAUAUAUUAGCUGCAGAUGGCAUUGUAAUAAAUACUGACUGGAUAAUUGAUCAAUUUGUACCAAAUAAAAAAACAGCCAGAAAUAUACCAAAGUUAUUUUUCAUCCAAGCUUGUCGAGGAAAGAUGAGUGAUUUUGGUUGGGAAUACUGCGAUGGUGAAAAUAAUGUUUUACAAAAUGACAGUUCCAAUAUUUCCUCAACCGGAAAUAUUAUUCACAAUCGACGUUAUAAAGAUAUAUUUAUAGCAUUUGCCACUGUUCCUGGGCAUACUGCAAAACGUGAUCCAAUAGAUGGGUCAUGGUUUGUACAAAAACUGUGUGAAGUAAUUCGUAACAAUGCUUAUAAUAAGGAUUUGGCUUCAAUGAUGCUAAUUGUGGAUAGUGAAGUAGAAAAACUUAGUAGCACCCUUUAUGGAUAUCAGACAUUAGAAUGGUCAAGUAGAGGUUUCAACAAAAGGUUUUUCUUUAAUCCAGGACUAUAUGACGAUAAUUCAGAUCAUGAUUCUUCAAUAACUACUUCAACCAAUCCUACUGAUGUUUAAAGCAGGAUAUAAUUUUUAAAUUAUUAUUGAGUUAAAUUCAUGACUUAUGUUAAGACUGCAAUUUUUUAUAUUUUUAUACAAAUUUUUUAUGAUGUUUUACUUUUAACAUUUUUAAUUGUACUGAG